AUGUACCAUAUACACGCAUUUGCAAAUACUGAUCUAAACAUCGCCUCGUAUGUCCUUAGCGGGGUGUCGUGCACCUGGACGAUCACAUGUGACGUGGGGGCGAUACUGAGGCUAGGGGUCGCCUAUUCCGACAUGGAAUAUGACGCAGACUGUACUCAGCAAAACCUCAUCAUUUACGACGGAAGUUCCACAUCCGAUUCCGCUCUUCUGGAGAGUUGGUGUGACUCGAGCGACGUGUACCCUAGCCAGACGUCCGUCUUCUACACUUCCGGUAACGUCGCGCACGUCACCCUGUCCUCGUCAACAGCCUCUGGGAGAGGUUUCCGGCUCACAUAUGUGCAAAACUCCACCGCCAUCACAACAACGACAUCCGCACCGACGACGACGACGACGACGGAGCCCGUUCAGACCUGCUCCGCCGAUCCAACGUUAUUGACCGCAAACGACACGUGGAAGUACUUCCGGACACUCGAAUACCCGAACUACUAUCCGAACGGAGUGGUGUGCAAGUGGCUUGUGGAGGCGGAAGUUGGGUUCGCAAUCAAUCUGACGUUUGUCGACUCUUUUCUGCAACCCUCCUACGAAUCAUGCCUUAACGGAGACUACGUUAACAUCUAUGAUGGUGACAGUCCCUCCGACCCGCUGUUGUUGACGUUCUGCGGAAACGAGGUGCCGGAGGUCCGCAGCACUGGACGCUUCCUUUACGUAACGUUCACGUCAGACUCCACCGUAAACUACCGCGGGUUCAACGCCAAAUACAUGACCGAACUAUCCGAAAUACCUCUCUGCGUCACGACUGAUAUCUACGCUAACCUGACGGCCACCACGGAGUACCAAAACUUCACGUCGCCUGGAUACCCGGACCAGUACAACAACUCCAUGACCAUAUACUGGCUGAUCGAGAACUUGAACCAGACACAGGAAGUGGCGGUCGAGGUGUUGGAUGCCGAUAUCGAAAUCAGCCUCAACUGUAUCUACGACAGGCUGAUCUGGCUCAUAAAACGUGUUAAGAUCUUGUCGAAUGUGCCAGGUCCAUGUCAGACGUACCCGGUGUUGGGUCGCACGUGCGGCACGGACACGCAAACAGUGUACAGUUCCGGCGCCUUCACCCUGGUCGCCUUCAAGACGGACGCCACCACCAGCGGCGCCGGGUUCAAUGUCAGAUACUACCUUACGGACGUCGACGAGGACGAUGACCUGAGCACCCUGAUAAUCACGGGUAUCGUGGUCGGUGCGGUGGUCGGCGGGCUAGUGGUGGUUGGCCUUGCAGGUUUCGCCGGAUAUAAGUGGUACCGCCACCGCACGCAGCACCGCCGCCGCCCGGGGUCCACCUCAACCAGCCGCUCGUCAUCCAUGUCAUCGCUUGCCAGCCUCCAGCGCCGCCCCCGCUACAACAUCACUUCUGGUAGAACCCCCACCGUCAGCGAGCUUCUGAAGAUUCCCAAACAUGUCCUUUACAAGUAG